GCAAUAAAGAAUUCUGAUGGGAGAACCAUUUCCCUAAUUUUCAGAUUGUUGAGCUGGUUGUCAUGAUGGAUGAUCAGCAAGCUUUGAACUCAAUCAUGCAAGAUUUGGCUGUUCUUCAUAAGGCCAGUCGACCAGCAUUAUCCUUACAAGAAAACAGAAAAACAAAAUCUUUAUCACCAAAAAAACAGAAUGAUGUCCGAGUCAAAUUUGAACAUAGAGGAGAAAAAAGAAUCCUUCAGUUCCCCAGACCAGUUAGACUGGAACAUCUGAGGUCGAAAGCUAAAACUGCCUUUGGACAGUCCAUGGAGCUCCAUUACACCAAUAACGAGUUGGUGAUCCCAUUAACUACUCAAGAUGACUUGGACAAAGCUGUGGAGCUGCUGGAUCGCAGUGUUCAUAUGAAGAGCCUCAAGAUAUUACUUGUGGUAAAUGGAAGUACACAGGCUACUAAUGUAGAACCAUUGCCAUCACUAGAUGAUUUGGAUAACACAGUAUUUGAAGCAGAGAGGAAAAAACGGCUUUCUGUAAUAGGUUCCACUAGUAGAGAUCAAAGCUCCCCUCCCCCAGGAUACAUUCCAGAUGAACUGCAUCAGGUUGCCAGGAACGGGUCCUUCACCAGCAUCCACAGUGAAGGGGAGUUCAUUCCAGAGAGCAUGGACCAAAUGCUGGACCCAUUGUUUUUAAGCAGCCCUGAAAAUUCUGGCUCAGGAAGUUGUCCAUCACUUGAUAGUCCUUUGGAUGGAGACAGCUAUCCAAAAUCACGAAUGCCUAGGGCACAGAGCUACCCAGAUAAUCAUCAGGAAUUUUCAGACUACGAUAACCCUAUCUUUGAGAAAUUUGGAAAAGGAGGAACCUAUCCAAGGAGGUAUCAUGUUUCAUAUCACCAUCAAGACUAUAAUGAUGGUCGUAAAACUUUUCCAAGAGCUAGAAGGACCCAGGGGACCAGCUUCCGGUCUCCUGUGAAUUUCAGUCCUACUGACCACUCCUUAAGCACUAGUAGUGGAAGCAGUAUCUUUACCCCAGAGUAUGAUGAUAGUCGAAUAAGAAGAAGGGGAAGUGACAUAGAUAAUCCUACUUUAACUGUAAUGGACAUCAGCCCACCUAGCCGCUCACCUCGUGCUCCAAUAAACUGGAGAUUGGGCAAACUGCUUGGCCAGGGAGCCUUUGGCAGGGUCUACCUCUGUUAUGAUGUCGAUACAGGAAGAGAGUUGGCUGUUAAGCAAGUUCAGUUUGACCCCGAGAGACCUGAGACCAGCAAGGAAGUAAAUGCACUUGAGUGUGAAAUUCAGUUGUUGAAAAAUUUACUGCAUGAACGAAUCGUUCAAUAUUAUGGCUGUUUGAGGGAUCUCCAGGAAAAAAAACUUUCCAUAUUUAUGGAAUAUAUGCCAGGGGGUUCAAUUAAGGACCAAUUAAAAGCAUAUGGAGCUCUUACUGAGAAUGUGACCAGGAAAUACACCCGUCAGAUUCUGGAAGGCGUCUACUAUUUACAUAGUAAUAUGAUUGUUCAUAGAGACAUCAAAGGUGCGAAUAUUCUGCGAGAUUCAACAGGCAACGUCAAGCUAGGAGAUUUCGGGGCCAGCAAACGGCUUCAAACAAUCUGCCUUUCGGGGACAGGAAUGAAGUCUGUCACGGGCACGCCCUACUGGAUGAGCCCCGAGGUGAUCAGCGGGGAAGGCUACGGCCGCAAAGCGGACAUCUGGAGUGUGGGCUGUACUGUGGUAGAAAUGCUAACUGAAAAGCCUCCGUGGGCGGAAUAUGAAGCAAUGGCUGCCAUCUUUAAAAUCGCCACUCAGCCCACAAACCCCAAGCUGCCCCCUCACGUCUCCGACUACACCCGGGAUUUCCUCCAGCGCAUCUUCACCGAGGCCAAGCUGAGGCCGUCGGCGGAGGAGCUGCUGAGGCACCUGUUCGUGCACUGUCACUAGCAGCCAGCCCCCCCUGCCCCCGGCGCCCAUCUGCCUGCACCUCCUCUCUGACUGCACUUUUCUUUUUUAUAAAAAAGAGAGAUGGGAGGAAAAAGACAAGAGGGAAAGUGUUUCUCUUGAUUCUUGGUUAAAUUUGUUUAAUAAUAGUAACCUAAAUUUUUUAUAUUUAAUCGUUUUUUUCCCUUACAAGAACUUGAAACUUUUUUUAAAAAUUUUUAUAGUGUACUGAUGUGGUUCAGACAUUUAAAGCACUUUAGUAUGUGGUCACUCUUUCUAGUACAAACAUCAUUUGGAAUACCUGGGACUAGAGGGCCUUUCUCUGUGCUACCGGCAAAUCGGUGGUGCUAGACAUGGAAACAAGGAGAAGAAAAUGAUAUCUGCUUUGUAGUUUUUAAUGACAGUACUUAAAAUAGAUCCUCAUUUGUGGGUUUGAGCCCUAAACUUAAGUCUAGAGUGGGUACUCAACUUAAAGAAUAUAGGUUCCUCCUUAUAUCUGUAUUCUUUAGAUCCUAACCUCUGUAUACCAAGCUUCUUGCUCAGUAGGAAUCAUGAUAGAAAAUAUGAAUCUCUAAGAACUAUGUUUAUUUGUUAAUCCUAAUCAGUAUAAUAAGCAAAUACACUAUAGAAGAUCCAUGUUACUGGGAUCUAAAAACCUUGUGGGAUAGUUUUCUGGUUUUGUUUUUUUUUUAAAGAUACUAUUUUAUUUUAAAACAGAUAUGGAAGUCAAUGAGCAAAUCCAAAUUAAAAGACAAAAGGAGAUUGCUUUACUUAAUGUGUGCACAGUAGAAGAGACCACGUUUGCCAAUCAAGAGAAAUAAUGAGAAGCAGAAGUAUGUGUUGUUUAGUGUAUUUUAAAGUGUGAUCUUUACCUGAGGGAGAAAGUCCCAAAAUUAAGAGAAAGAAUAAAUAAUCAAAAUAAUGUAUAUUCUAUCUUCCUAUUUCUAGCUCCUGAUUCCCCAUAGGGUAACAUUUCUUAGGAACUAAGAGUUUCACCUGGAGUUUCCAUGAAGCUAGUGUCGGGAGAUAAACCCUUGUUCUUGGGAUCACAGAAUACUGAGCCACCUCAAACAUAGUAAGAUAGUGGCUCUCCAGGGGCAGGGCUGUUUCCCUUGGCACCUGCAAGGCCUGGAGACAGCUUUGGCUUCACAGCUUAGGAGGAUGCCAGUGGCAUCUAGUGAGUCGAGGCCAGGGAUGCUGCUAAACAAACCACAGUCUAUAAGGACCACACCUGCUCCCGACAGAACCAUCCUGCUCAAAAUGUCCAAAGUGCCAAAGUUCAGGAGCCCUGUGGUAAAGACCAGCCCCAGUUACAGACUGCUGGCAGCCAUUUACAAAGCAGGCUCCUUGCAAACAGUAAUUUCAGAGAGAAGGUGAUAGGAUGCAUAGUGAGUGUUUUACAAGAGCAAAUACCACUGCUUCAAGUCAGGGUGAAUGACCUCAACACCAGUAGCAACCCAUUCCUUCCCAGCUGUACAUCGCACCCAAAGCCGGAACUCCCUGCUAGAGACAGAAUGGCUUCAAACACAGAGCUCAUUGAACUCCGCUGUCUGCAUAUAUUCUUUCCUCAACUCAGCUUACAGUCGUGGGAAAAGCAAAGCAUAUCAAAACAAGGUUUAACUACUUUAUAGGAAAGUUAAAACCGCCAGGUAUUUCUAGUACAAUGUAUCCACUAAGAGCAAGGACUUUGAAUGGAAGGAGACCUAGGAGAAGCCAUGAUCCUGAUGGACUGGAGCUACUGAAAAAUAUGAAUGCUAUCAGUGAUGUGGCCACUUGCAAUAUUUCCCAGUUUAUUAAAGCAAGUGCGAAGUGCUUUAUGUUUAAAGAUCUAGAAAGUAGUAGUCUUCCUGGAGGCCCUAUAUGUGAUGCCUUUUAUGGGAUUCAUAGGGGAUGCAGAUAUUUCAUUUUCUGCUAAAAAGUAUGAUUUUUAGGGAUUCAGCUGUUUCUGAAGUUCAUUAGAUUGUGGUUUACUGUAUCAGGUCCUAUCUGUCAUUCCCUGUAGGAAAUUUGAAGUUCUACUAGCUAGUCUGAGAAGAAGUCAAAACACCAAGAUUCUCAUACCCUGUAAUCCACGGAAGCGGCUCACCAGGAAGAAUAUGAAUCAGUGGUCUCCCUGGAGGUCAGCGGCACCCUGUGCUGGGAGCCAUCCCCAAGGACAAGGAGCUGUCCCGUUUCUCAUCUUCUCAUGGGUGAAGCAUCACUUGUGCUGGAGCGAGACCACAGUGUCUGGGCCAAGGGGCUUUUCCUUUGUUCUUUGUCUGUGUGGCUGUGAUUUCCUUCUGACUCUUGUUGGUCUGUCAGGGUAACCAGCGGUGCAGAAUCUGAGACUAACACUCUUAGAGAGAGAUCCUGGGAGACUCUGACACCCAAAGCAAAAUUGUUUGCUUUUUUCAGUCUCCCUUUUACUUUUAAAUGCAUAGAAAACAAAUCACCUGAAAGAAACUUCUACUUUAACACUGCUGCAGAAGACCUUUGUUUUAUAGGAAAAAUAUUAUUAGCUAUGGGAGAGUACUGUUCUUUAAUGUAAAGACUUAAAAAUAGACUAAUAGUUUACAGAGUUAUUAUAUAAAAUGUGAUGUGAAUUUAUUUUAAAUAAGUUGUAAAGGUACCAAAACCACAAGAAAAGUUAAUAUAUAUAAAAGCUACUAGAACAAAAAAGCUUGAAGUGGGAUGACGUAUGGAAGAGCAAAAGUAAAUUUUAAAAAGAAAUUUUUGAGAUAAAACACCUUUAUAAGGGGCAAUUAGAUAUAACACUCCACCCCCUUUUUUUUUCUAAUAAUGGUAUGGAUCAACAAAUGAAAUUUGAACUUUUUAAGAUGACUCUAAAUGUGUUUUGUUUUUUAGCUGCACAACUCAUCUUCUAUAGAUAGUGCUUCUUUGCUGAGGCUGGAAAGGGUCAGACUGCUGACUGUGCCUUCACGAUGCCGCGCUCAGGCUGUGGCGGACUCUGGUGCUGGAAAGGUCCCCGGGCAGUCUGACCGUGCUUUUCAGGAAGUGUCUUUCCACUUGGGCCUUGCGGGAGUCACGAUGGCAGGACCUAGGUUUUGGCCAAGUAGAAGAUUUUACAUCGCAAACAAAAUGCAUUGAGUAAAAGGGUUGAAAAAUAGAAUGACUAAUGGAAAUUUAGUAAUGGUUAGUAAUUCUUUCAAAUGUAUUUGAAAUUUUCUGUAUGAAUAUCUUACAAUUUUUUCCAUUUUCCUCAUUUACAAAACAUGUUUCUAACUUGAAAAAAUGGUUAAAGACUGUUGCCUUAGAAUGUUUUCAGAGGCAUCGUCAACCUCCCAUAUUUAUAUGAAAUUGAAACGCACAGGUUGAAUGAGCUACAAAAAAAUUAAAGCUUAUUUUAGAGUAAAUUGAAUUGGCUUUCACUUGAGAUUCUAUCUUAUUCUUUAGAAACUAUGUUAAAAAGAAAAAUUAUUUGUUUAGAGCAGCUUUCUGCUACUUUACCUCUUACAUGUGUCAGGUCUGAUCUCUAGUAUUUCUGAGAUGGAGUUUGGAUAAGAUAUGUGAAGUCAUUGAGAAAAUCAAAUCUGAAUAGUUUAUAGGGACGACCAUGCUUGGGCUCAAAAGCCAAGAUGUUUGCCACAUGCCAACUCCUUGGCCCAUGGCAGCGUUCCGAGCCAGGGGUUUCAUUUGGGGUCUAGGGACCAAUAGCUUGGAUAUAAAAUCAUCUGGUGUCAGUCAAGUAUAGUAAUCAGUUUUUUUAAAUAAGGUGAAUCUUUUUUUAUUUGCUCACUCAGUAAUUGUGGCUACUGUGUCAGUACUAAUUCACUUACCCUUAAGGAGAUCCCAGCCUAGGAGGAGACACGGGCAAACAGUACCCUCACUCUGAGAGCUCAGCAAUGAUGUUUAAAGUCUUACGGUUUCUUGUGAUGUAAGGAAAUAGCAGUUUUGGGUAAUUAUUGGCUGUUACAAACCAAAAUGUCAUUAACAACAUGAAUUAAAAGUAGCCCCAAAUUAGAGGGACCUCCGUUGUUCAGCAGCCGCUCUCUCAGGACUCCCUCCCACAACCCAGCCUCUGCUCAGACAGUUCCGCCAUGAAGGGCAUUUAUCCCAUAAACAGUGCUUUUUCCUUCUGUUUCUUUUAAAGAAAAAAAAAACUUUAUUUUGGUCUAAAUUGUCUAGAAAUUUUAUAGGAAUUGAAUUCUAUCAACAGUGUUAUUUAUACUAAGAUCCAGACAAUUUCUUAAAACCUUCCUGUUUUAUAUUGGGUUUGACCUUUGUUACGAAUGUAAUGUUCAUAUUUAUUUGAAUUUUAAGAUUGGUUAAAUGUUAAUGAAAAGCAAUUUAACUGUUCAUUUUUGGUAGUGCCUUUUUCUCUGUAUGCCUUAAUUUUAUUUUAUAUGAAUAAUUCAUGUGACCCACCAAAAUGAAGUUUUUUUCCCAAAAUCAGUAGUUUCAAGAAUUGAUUUGGCCUUAGACUGUGUAUUAGCCCUUAAAUAUUUCUUACUUCCUGCUUCCUCCUCCUACCCUUUUCUACCUCUUCUUUUUAAUGUUAGAAGACAAACAUCGGCAUUAAUCUGCACAGACACAGCACAGUCUCCGUGAGACGUGGACUGCUGAGAUAGGAGAGGGUGUCCUCCUUCUAAAGGCAGGCGGGAAGGUGUCUUCCGGUGGGCGCUUGAUUUUCAGUCAGAUGGACACUGUCCAGAGUCUCUGUAUAUCAUGGUUCAGUUCUGAUGAUCAUAGCAGAGGUAGAAUGGUUGUUUUUGCCCUAACAAGGUUGUUUAAAUGGUUUACAAAUGUUCAGGCAAUGAGACGUAGGGCAAUGAGCAAGAAAUCCAGGGAUAGCAAAUUUCUAAUCUAACAUUGUAAUGAAAACUCUAACUUACAUUUCUGUGAAGUGUGUGUGUGUGUGUGUGUGUGUGUGUGUGUGUGUGUGUGUAGUGGAGCAGGGAUGGAAAGAGAGGAAAGGUAUGAAUGUUCAGUUAGAUUAGUUUCUGUUCUUGGAGGAACAACUCAAACGUGUAUGACCUACUGGUGAUGGAUGAGUAAUCAUCCUUGGGUAGGAAUACCAGCAUUCUUCACAAGUAACUAGUACAAAUGAUUAUUUAAUACAGGUAUUUAUUGUAAAUUGCCAAGCUCUUGGUUGCUAAAAGUAGAUUAAAAUUAAAUUUGUAUGUGUGUAUAAUAGUUUAUACUUAACCCUUAAAUAGAAAGUAAUUGAUUUUGCAUAGUUCUUCAUGAACUCUUUGGGAUAGAAAUUCUGCCAGACAUUAUCAAAACCAGCUUCCUUAGUUUAUGAAACAUUGGAAAGGAAAUUCUCUUACACCUCCUCCUGGUUGGCUAGGGAGCGCAUGCUGUGGAGCCACUGGCCCUGCUUCACAGGGUCUCCAUCUGAGCAGGAUGCCACAGCAGGCGAAGGAAGGUCAGAGCCAGCAGUGCCCACGCUUGCCUCAUGCACUCUCAGGAGAGUCUGGAGACUCCUCUCAGUGAUGGCGAGAGUGGACAUGAGUCAUGUCAGAGUACAGGGAGGAGUCAGCUAGAGAAAAGAGUAGAAUCGUACCUGUUGCCUGCACCCAGUCUUUUAUGUAAUUCUUCAUGUUUUUCAUAAUUCUGCAUUUUAAUUGACAGUAAUAUAUGUUUGAUAAAACAGCAAAGGCAUUAAGUUAGUGAGUCCUGUUAUUCCCUAUGCCUGAUUACUCUUGUUUGCAUUCACAAUCUGCAAUAUCAGAAUCACUUUAAACCAAAGCUUUUAUAUUCCCUGCACACAUUGCCAAAAUGAUUAGCACCGUUACUUCUGCCCACCUGUAAGCUAAUGGGAUAAAAAUGACAAAGUAGAUACUAGUAGAAUCUGCAUCUCAGUCUAUCCUCAGGUAAAAGGAGAGGCGCUCAGUGUUUGCACUUAGGCAGCAGAAUUUACUUCAGCUAUUACGGAACUACAGGAUUGCAGACUUGAGCCUGUACACCUGCCGAGCUCCUUAACAUCAGCUGGCCAUAGAUACGUUGACUAGCGAUGCCUGCGGUUGGAAGUGUACUUUCUUCUAGUGUCUUAACAUUUAGGAACUUAUGAUUGAUUGGGAGACAUAUCAGGAAAGCUGUGAAGAAAUGCAAAUUAUAGUCUGAUGUCUGCUUUGUGCCAUAGACACUUUGGAACAUAAAAAAGAGUCUGCAUUCCAGUUUACAUGCAGCAUUUGUCCACAAAUAAGGAUAUCUGAGUCCUUUAAUGACAGUUGAGAACAGUAAAGUUUGUGAUUGUACUGAAAGCACUUUUAUGUUCAUUAAUUUUUUUAGAAUUUAAAUUUUAAAAGCAUAUGUAACGUGGUGAUUUUAGCAUUAGCAUUACUUAGAGGAGAGAGAUAAGUAACAAAAUUACAUCUUAAACUCUAGUAGAUACUUAGACUCCAAAAGGCAUUUGACAUAUUCUAAUUUUUCCAAAGACUUUUCCCCCCACCUGGAAUAAGAAGGGAGGACUAACGGAAACACUGAGAUGAAAAGUCUUAUGGGCGAAAGGAAGUGGGAAAGUGGGCCAAACCUUGCAAUAUACCCUAUUCAAGCAAAAGCACCGUGUCUAAGGGUAAGAAUGCUUCUUUAAAAACAUGAUUGUUUUUAAUACAAUGUUAAUUAGUAAAAGGUUUACAUUUUUUCUAUUGCUGUUGGUUUUAAAAUUUGCUACUCUGCAUUCAGAAAUAUUAUAAAAUAGUUAAUACCAAGAAUACUUUUAAUGUCUGACAUCUCUUACAUUUCACAUGGUUCUUUUUAUUCAAAUAUCAUUAUAAAUAAAAGUAAACUUGGAUAAGUUUGAGAAUAAACUUUGUUACAAACUAUGAUUAUCAAUUUGUAAAUUUACCUUUUGGCCUAAUGUACAUUUUUUAAUGUAGCCAUUAAAUUCUUUAUAUUUAACCUAUUAGUUUCUCUCUGUAAAAAAUUUUAAUCUCAGUUGAAUGCUGGGCAGUUUAUAAUAAUGUACAAAUAAUAAUGUUUUUUUCCUAUCAAGGUUGACUUUGCACAUUUUUGGAAGUUUUUAAUUUGUACACUGAUGUACUGCUUUGACCAAUAAUUGUUGAUGUGUGUAUGAGCAUCAUGAAUGUGUGCAUUGAACUACUGUCUGUGUCUCUGUUUUAACUUCUUUCAACAUGUGGCCAUCAGUAACUGCACUGCUGUCACAGACUUACAUGGACCUUACUGCUUUUACAGUGUAUGCUCGUCUUGGUUCUCUCUUUGUCGAAGAACUCAGGAGUUCAACUCACUUUCUGAUUUUACAUGUAUCUUAAAAUCCAUGACUAAGUUGAAAGUAUGCUUGCAACUCCAUGUAUCAGGGGAUGUUGUGUGUGGAGAUGUCUGUCUGUCUGUCUGUAGGCACAUUUAUAUAUUCCAGUAAUUUCUUGUUUUCAUUUGUUUCUACAUUUUUAUGAACUUGUUUUUUAUAAGGGUACUGUUUAGUUAGAAUUAAAUAUAUGUAAAAGCUUUCUGAGAGAUUAUUUACUAUAUGAAUAUAUUUUCAGCUGGCUGAUCUAAAAUAUUUUUAAAAUUUUGUUUUUAACUAUUCACAACACGUUUGUAUUUCCAGAAUUAGACACAAGUUUACUUAGAUGUAAGUUAAAGUACUCCUGGGAGGAAGAGCAUUGGUUCUCUUUUGAGAAUUCUCUGAAGUGCAAAUUCAGAGGAAAAAGGAGAUCGUAAGCAGUAGCAAAAACACACUGCCCACUAAAAUGGCCUUUGAGUCCUCAGAGCUAUGAAAAAACUGAGAACUAACUCGUCUUGAAAAGAUGCGGAGACUUUUCUGUCUCCAGGCUCUCUUGGCUGGUCCUACUGUUGUUGACUGUUUCCUUUAUCCUACCCUAAAGAUGUUAACAGUUAGGUUUUUUCCUCACUGGGCAAGGUCAGACCUCGUUUAUGAUUCUCUGCAAUUGACUAUAAAUUGGUCUAGAAAUGUCCAAACAUACAUUGAAUGUCUUUGUACUGUACUGUGUAUGCUAAGUAACUGGCAGAAAAAGAAUUGGAAAUUAAAUUUCCAAUCUGACAAUGUUAUUGUACUUAAGGAAAUCCUUGUUUUUAAUAUGCGGUACCAUGUAAAAUUACUUGUGUUAGGAAUACAGUCCACUGUUGAAGUUGAAUGUCACUAAGCUUAUUAUGUUACAAGAGCCAGUAUGAUUAAAACCUCCCAGAAGCCAGAUACAGCGUGGUAUGUGCCACAUUUCAUGCAUAUUUUGACUUUGUGUUGUUCAUUGAAAGUUGUGCUUGUAAAAAUGUAUAAAAUUUCAGAGUUUUUAUGUAUUUGUUUUUCUUGCUGAUAAAUAGCUUUUUAAAAAUCUAAUGUGAAAGAAACCAUGUUUAUAUUUUGUUAGUGAUCAGUGACUUUGUUUAUAUGGAAAUUUGUAUAUUGUUGGCACACAUUUUUUUUAGAUUUAUCAUGCAUGAAGGCUGCAAUAAUUAGCACAAUGAAAAUUGCUUUUUUUUUUUUUAACAUGUUAAUUCAUUUGAAAGAUUGUGGUGCAAAGGGUUACUCUGAGUAACCUGGGUUAUGGAAUAUAAAUGAACGGCACUCUGAGUGUUAAUAAAGCUAAUAUUUAUUUCCACUGUGA